AUGACAAAAAAUCGUAAAAAAAGGCCCAAACAGGUCAAAAAUACAGAAGAAAGAGAAACAUGGGGUAAAAAAGUUGAUUUUUUACUUUCCGUCAUUGGUUUUGCCGUUGAUUUGGCCAACGUUUGGAGAUUUCCUUACCUUUGUUAUAAAAAUGGCGGGGGUGAGU